AUGGAAUCGGAGGAAGAAACUGAAGCGAGGAGACUCUGGAAGAAAGCAGAUGCAGUGUGCUUUGAUGUGGAUUCCACCAUUUGCAUGGAUGAAAGCAUUGAUGAAUUUGCUAGAUACUUGCUUCAUUAUGAAGAAGUUCGUGAGUACACAGAGCAAGCUGUGAGUGGUAUGCUUUCAUUCAAAAAAUCAUUGAAUAUUCGUUUGGAUAUUCUUAAACCUACACGGCAACAGUUACAAGAUUUUAUGGAGAAUAAAACACCGAAAUUAACACCUGGAAGUAAAGAGAUAAUUGCUGAUAUACAUCGUCGACAUAUACCUUAUAUUUAA